GCACGGCCGUCUCUCUUCCCAGUAAAUCCUCCCGGAGGCCCCGCCCCGCAGUCCCUCGCCCCCCGCGGCCCCGCCCCCGGCCCGCGUCGGCGUCUCUCGCCCUCCCCCGGCCUCGCGGCCGGAGCUGGCACGGAGAAGCGGCGUCCGCGGCUGCCUCGCGUCCUGGGGGCUCGAGCGCUGCGCUGGGCACGGCGGCCCCGAGGGUGCCCGCCGCGCUCGGAUCUGCCUCCCGCGGCCGGGGGCCGCCGGCGCUCCCAGCGGGCGGGCGUGUCCGCGCGCGGGCCGGCGAAGGGGCCGCAGCCUGUGGAGGCGCGGGGGCCCGGCGCGGGGCUCGGUGUGCACGGCAGUCCCCCGAACUCUCCGCCGCCGCCUCCGGGGGCGCGGCGCCGCCGCGAGACCAGUCCGGAUCUGCCCAAGAAAGAAUGUCAUGAAAAAGGAACAGAGAAGAGACGCCACGGCUGGUGAAAGGGGAUCUGCCCUUCGCAGGUGGUGGUGACUUCCUGGUUGGAAGAGGAGGACCUAGGUGGCUGAAGAGAUUAGAUUUUUGUAGCUGUACAGAUGAAGCUGGUAAAAGAAGACAUGAAUAUACUUUCUCUGGGUCACUAAUAGGUAAUGAGUAAGCCUGAGAAAAAACAGAUUUGAAAUGAGGGCAGGAAUUUCGAGGUUUGUGAAACCGAGUAGGACUUUGAACACUUGAGGAUGUUUUUCUCCCAAAAAUGGAAGAAGAAAAAAUUCAUAAAGCAAGAAGUGUAAAAAAUUGGAAGGACUAACAACCAAAUGCACUCCAGGAAUUUCAGCACUUCAUCAGCCUCUGGGCAAACACAUGCAGAUGCACCAUACGUACAUGGCGAUUUCAUCACUGGAGAUGGUUUCUUAUGCUGGGAGGAACUUCUUGAUUUGAAUUUUGGAGUGCUUUUUCUUUUUUUAACAAUGUGUGUUUUGACUCUUCAUGUUAGAUUUAUGUAAAGGAAGUAAAUCGUGAAUUCACAGUAUGUUUGGCUGUACCACUGUUUGCUGGGUAAUAUGGAAAAAUUCGAGGUUUUAACAUUCCUUGAAGUUUUAUUGGAAGCAAAACUGUCAGGGACAGACACGCAGUGUAAGUUUUCUCUUUUUUUGGCAACUGUAUUUGCUUUGAAUAAGCUGAAUGUCAGAUGGAUUUCACUGCAUUUCUAAUUUACAGUCUGUUUUAUCAAGGCCUUAAAUGUAUGUUUUCUACUAAGCAGAUGGGAAACACAUUGAGCUCUGCAUUUGACAUAUAUGCCUAAGGAAAGGAACUCCCCGAUGGAUCAUGGCGUUUAUGUUUACAGGACAUUUCUUGUUUUUAGUAUUAGUGAUGUUUGCUUUCUCUACUUUUGAGGAAUCUGUGAGCAAUUACUCUGAUUGGGCAGUUUUCACAGAUGAUAUAGAUCACUUUAAGACAGAGAGAGUCCAGGAGUUCAGACCCAACCCAAAGCUGAAGAAAAGUGUGCUCCAUCCAAGUUUAUAUUUUGAUGCUGGGGAAAUCCAAGCAAUGAGACAGAAGUCUCGCACAAGCCAUUCGCAUCUCUUUAGAGUUAUCAGAGGUGCAGUGAUAAUUAUGCUGUCUAACCCAACAUACUACCUACCUCCACCCAAGCAUGCUGAUUUUGCUGCCAAGUGGAAUGAGAUUUAUGGUAACAAUCUGCCUCCUUUAGCACUGUACUGUCUGUUAUGUCCAGAAGACAAAGUUGCCUUUGAAUUUGUCUUGGAAUAUAUGGACAGGAUGGUUGGCUACAAAGAUUGGCUAGUUGAGAAUGCGCCAGGAGAUGAGGUUCCAGUUGGCCAUUCCUUAACAGGUUUUGCCACUGCCUUUGACUUUUUAUAUAAUUUAUUAGAUGAUCAUCGAAGACAAAAAUACCUGGAAAAAAUAUGGGUUAUUACUGAGGAAAUGUAUGAAUAUUCCAAGGUCCGCUCAUGGGGCAAACAGCUUCUCCAUAACCACCAAGCUACUAAUAUGAUAGCAUUGCUCACUGGAGCCUUGGUGACUGGGGCGAAUAAAGGAUCUAAAGUAAAUGUGUGGAAACAGGUUGUAGUAGAUGUGAUGGAAAAGACGAUGUUUCUCUUGAAUCAUAUUGUUGAUGGGUCUUUGGAUGAAGGUGUGGCCUAUGGGAGCUACACAGCUAAAUCAGUCACUCAGUAUGUUUUUCUGGCCCAGCGCCAUUUUAAUAUCAACAACUUGGAUAAUAACUGGUUAAAAAUGCACUUUUGGUUCUACUAUGCCACCCUUUUACCUGGCUUCCAAAGAACAGUGGGUAUAGCAGAUUCCAAUUAUAAUUGGUUUUAUGGUCCAGAGAGCCAGUUAGUUUUUUUGGAUAAGUUCAUCUUAAAAAAUGGAGCUGGAAAUUGGUUAGCUCAGCAAAUUAGAAGGCACCGACCUAAAGAUGGACCGAUGGUCCCGUCCACUGCCCAGAGGUGGAGUACUCUUCACACUGAAUAUAUCUGGUAUGAUCCUCAGCUAAUCCCACAGCCUCCUGCUGAACAUGGUACUGCAAAAAUGCACAUAUUCCCUAACUGGGGUGUUGUCACUUACGGGGCUGGAUUGCCAAAUACACAGACCAAUACCUUCGUGUCUUUUAAGUCUGGGAAGCUUGGAGGGCGAGCUGUGUAUGACAUCGUUCACUUUCAGCCAUACUCUUGGAUUGAUGGAUGGAGAAGCUUUAACCCAGGACACGAGCAUCCAGAUCAGAAUUCAUUUACUUUUGCUCCCAAUGGGCAAGUAUUUGUUUCCGAAGCCCUCUACGGACCCAAGCUCAGCCACCUUAACAACGUGCUGGUGUUUGCUCCGUCACCCACCAGCCAGUGUAAUAAGCCCUGGGAAGGUCAGCUGGGAGAAUGUGCACAGUGGCUCAAGUGGACUGGUGAGGAGGUUGGCGAUGCAGCAGGGGAGCUCAUCACUGCCUCUCAACAUGGGGAAAUGAUAUUUGCGAGUGGGGAAGCAGUGUCUGCUUAUUCUUCGUCAAUGAAGCUGAAGAGUGUGUAUCGUGCUUUGCUUCUCUUAAAUUCUCAAACGUUGCUUGUGGUUGAUCAUGUGGAAAAGCAAGAUGAUUCCCCCAUAAAAUCUGUCAGUGCCUUCUUUCACAAUCUGGAUAUUGAUUUUAAGUAUAUCCCAUAUAGGUUUAUGAACAAGUAUAAUGGUGCCAUGAUGGAUGUAUGGGAUGCACACUACAGAAUGUUCUGGUUUGAUCAUCGUGGCCAUAGCCCUAUUGCUAGUAUUCAGGAAGCGGAACAAGCUGCUGAAUUUAAGAAGCGGUGGACUCAGUUUGUUAAUGUCACAUUUCAGAUGGAAUCCACAAUCACACGGAUUGCCUAUGUUUUUUAUGGGCCAUAUGUCAAUGUUUCCAGCUGCAGAUUUAUUGAUAAUUCCAACUCUGGGCUUCAGAUUUCUAUCAAUGUCAAUAGUACUGAGCAUGUUGUUUCCAUUGUAACUGACUACCACAAUCUGAAGACAAGAUUUGAUUACCUAGGAUUUGGUGGCUUUGCCAAUGUGGCUGAUCAGGGCCAAAUAACUCGAUUUGGUUUGGGCACUCAAGCAAUACUGAAGCCUGUAAGACAUGAGGGAGUUAUGUUCCCUUUUGGAUUUAAAUUCAGUGUAGCGAUUGGGUUGAUUUUGUGCAUUAGCUUGGUGAUUUUAGCUUUCCAGUGGCGGUUUUACCUUUCCUUUAGGAAGCUAAUGCGGUGCAUCCUGAUUCUUGUUAUUGCUCUGUGGUUUAUCGAGCUGCUGGACAUGUGGAGCACUUGCACUCAGCCCAUUUGCGCAAAAUGGGCCAGGACAGAGGCUGAGGCAAGCACCGAGUCUCUGUCUUCUGAAGGGCACCGUGUUGAUCUUCCCGAGGUUGUCAUUACCUCACUUCCUGGUUCAGGAGCUGAAAUUCUCAAACAACUUUUUUUCAACAGCAGUGAUUUUCUCUACAUCAGGGUUCCUACAGCUUACAUUGAGAUCCCUGAAACUGAAUUUGAAAUCGACUCUUUUGUAGAUGCUUGUGAGUGGAAGGCAUCAGACAUCCACAGUGCACGUUUCCGUUUACUCCGAGGCUGGCUGCAAUCCUUGGUCCAAGACACGAAGUUACAUUUGCAAAACAUCCAUUUGCAUGAACCCAGUAGGGGUAAACUGGCCCAAUAUUUUACCAUGAAUAAGGACAAAAAAAGAAAACUAAAAAGGAGAGAAUCUUUGCCAGAACAGAGAAGUAGAAUGAAAGGCACUUUUGAUAGAGAUGCUGAAUAUAUUAGGGCUUUGAGAAGACACCUGGCCGCCUAUCCCAGCGCACGUCCUGUGCUCAGUUUAAGCAGUGGGAGUUGGACCUUAAAGCUUCAUUUUUUCCAAGAAGUUUUAGGAACUUCGAUGAGGGCAUUGUACAUAGUAAGGGACCCUCGGGCAUGGAUUUAUUCAAUGCUGUACAGUAGUAAGCCAAGUCUUUACUCUUUGAAGAAUGUACCAGAACACUUAGCUAAACUGCUUAAAAUUGAGGGCGGUAAAGGCAAAUGUCACUUAAAUCCGGGUUAUGCUUCUGAGUAUGAAUCAUUGAGGAAAGAAUUAUCAAAAUCCAAGUCAAAUCCGGUCUCCCUGUUGUCUCAUUUGUGGCGGGCAAACACAGCAGCAGCCCUGAGAGUAAAUACAGAUUUGCUGCCUACCAGUUACCAGCUGAUCAAGUUUGAAGAUAUUGUACAUUUUCCUCAGAAAACCACUGAAGGGAUUUUUGCCUUUCUUGGAAUUCCUUUGUCUCCUGCUAGUUUAAACCAAAUAUUGUUUGCCACCUCCACAAACCUUUUCUAUCUUCCCUACGAAGGGGAAAUAUCACCAACUAAUACUAAUGUUUGGAAACAGAACUUGCCUAGAGAUGACAUUAAACUGAUUGAAAACAUCUGCUGGACACUGAUGGAUCGUCUAGGAUAUCCAAAGUUUAUGGACUAAAUGCUGCAGAUAAUGCCAGAAGGAAGGAAGGGAGAAGGGGAAAGAAGGAGGGAUGGAAGAAAAGAAAAAAAGUGAAAGACAGAAGGAAGGAACUCUGAAGCUAAAUCAGAACAUAAAAAGCGAAGUACACAAGAAGAAUCACGCCUAUAACAAUUGUGGUAGUUAUCGUAUAAACUAUUUAAGAAUCUCUUUGAUUAUUAUUGUGGUUAAAACUUCAGAAAAAAAUAAAGAUAUGUAAUAAUCUGAGCAAAUCUUUUUCAUAGCAUAUUGCAAUUUCUCUUUCUGUUUCUUUAAACUAUCACUUCAUUGAGAUGAAAUUCAAUUUUUUCCUUGAAUUGUAUUAAUACAUGUUGAAUUUCACCUGAGUGUCUCAAGUUUUCAAAUAUCCUAGAAAGAUGGUGGACUCUCACACGUCUUCCAAACUUGGGAUAUAUAAAUCGUUCUUCAUGGUUUAAGGAAGCAAAUACCCGCGCACAUGUGACACCCGUGGUGCCCCCAUUCCCUUCGGCUUCUAUCCCGAUUGCAUUUCUCAUUUAGUAAUGAGCAACACAAACUCUAAUUCCCGCAGUAAAAUCUGGCACCCUCCAUGAACAAUGCCUAAGAUGUUUCUUCCCUUACUCCUUGAAUGAUGCAAACGAUGCUCUACACCCUGUACUACAGUGAAAGAUUACUGCCAAUUUUGUUGUUUAUUGUUUGAAUUAAUGUAUCCAUUUAUUCCUUUGCUUUGUUCCAAAAGAUUAAUUUUGCUACAAGACAAUUAAUUUGCUUAAAAUACAUGGAAUUUUAAAAUAUGGCUAUUUUAACUCUAUUGAGCCAUUUUAAUUUGAUGCCUUAAUGUAAUAUUUCACAAAACUUUGGAAGAUUUAUAUAUAUAAUAUAUAAAAACACAUAAAACAACCAAGAAGUGAUGGAGUCACUUUCAUAAGAUACCCACAGAGAGAUAAAUGUGUAUGAAGAAUGCACUUAGUAAAAGCUAAUCCCAUACAAACAAAACGUGGUUUUUCACCCUUCAGACACUAAUCUGGUUGCCCUAAUUCAGCGCUGACUAGAGCACUGCAUGUUUACAGUUGGCUUAUGUGCAUCAACAAACCUGUGGUUGUUCUCUCUAAAUUCACCAAAAAUAAACUGAAAUAUACACAUUCAGUUAUCACUUUAUCUUUUAUCCAAAAAACUAUCAAAAAAUAUCACAUUGUUGAACACAUGAGGAAAAAGGUACAUGUUUAUAUGCCCAAGUAACAAUUGGCCAACCCACCACCACAGAGGUAUAAGGUUUUCUCCUUAUGACCAACAGAUUUUCACAAGCCUUGUUUGUACCUUUUCCCUGUUUCCCUGCUUAAUUUGAAGGGGGGAAAUUUUUAUUAAAAUAUUACUUUGCAACACAUUUAUAUAUUAUCUGAGCUUUGAAAUUAGAUAAAACUGAAUACAAAUCCCUCAGGUCAGUAAAUAUUGACCAGCUGAGGUCUUGGGAAGGUCUUAAUUUUAAAUCUCCACUUCUCCAUCUGUAAAACUCCCCCAGAGUUGAUGUAGACUGAAUAAAAUUCCAUGUGAAAAUAAAUGGAAAAGUAAUUGUUUCCUCUGUGUAAUCACCUCCAAUUCCUAGUCUUACUGAGGCAGAUUGUAUAUAUAUGGAGAGAGAAACAGAUAGAUGUUUACCUUGAUUCUGUUGUUGUAUGUGCCCAAAGGCAAACUUAUAUAUAAUGUAAUGUGCCAUUUUCCCCAUAAGAAGAUAUUAAAACUGUAUUCAGAUAAUUUUAGCAUAUAUAGCUAAGAUGUAGGUCAAACAGACAUCUAUUUUAAUACCUAAUAUAUCAUUUGAGUUGCACAAAUGUGAAAUCACAAUUAUACAAUUAUUAUAUUACUUAGAAAAACUGCUUUUUUCCAUGUUCACUAUUCAAGAAAUGUAUUCACACUUGCACUUCAAUCUCAAUAUCUUCACCACUUCUAGAGACAUAGUUUGAGCUUUUCCAGAGCAUAUCCUAUUUUAAUUCUGAGUUUUAUUGAGAUAUAGGCCUUUUUAAAUUUAUGUAUGAUGCUAUUUCUUGAAAUUUUAUGCCAUGGUCUGUUACAAGUACAACUUGUAUAACAUUAAGCAUAACUUUAUGUUCAUACCUUUAUUCAGCAGAUGCACAAUUGUGAUCUACACUGUACCACUGUAUAAACUACUUACAACACAUUUAUAUAUUAUAUGAGCUUUUUAUUGCAAUUUAAACAUUAAAAAAAUUUUUCCUAUCUAAUUUUUUUCACUCAUUUAUAAUGAAAUUGCAUAAAAGGUGGGGAUGUCUAAGAUUAUGAGUGACCAUUACAUUUACUCCACAGGCUAUAAUAGAGUAAGUGGAAACCAAUCAGAAGUUGCCAAGUUACAUAUAUAAUGAUUAUUCCACUUAACAACAUAUAUUAACAAAAGGCUACAUCCAUACAAAAUGAUCUAAUUUAUAUAGACUGUUUUUUUCUGUCAUUCACACAUAUUCUUUGGGUUGGGGUAUGAUUGUACAGAACUUUAUCCUCUGGUUGGUGAUUUGUAUGUUGGGAUGUUUUUUCUCUUCCAUGGCUGUAGAUUGGGACUCAGGAACAAAUUCCAAAGCAUUCAGCCAGAAACUCAUCCUUUCAGUGAGGAUUACAAGAGAGCAUGCACGUCACCUCUGCAUCAGGUUCAAGUGCCACACACCUGAUAGUAGGGUUCAUGCCAUUCAAAGAGGAAUUCCUUUUCUGUGAUUGGUUUUCCUUGGGUACUGUUGGCCACACCCCUGCUAUGCUGCACCGUAUGCAGAUGUGAAAAUGUUACUGUAUUGAUCCCUGUGAAAGUCAUCUGUACUGCCCCCUGCAUAUCAAACUGUAGGUAUUAUGGAUAUGCAAAAUAGGUUACACAAAUGUGUUGACACUGAAAAGAUGUGUUGGCUCUUGGGAAGUCAGAAGCAUUCCUCUAUGAAUCUGGUAAAUUUCUUUUUGGCUAGAGUUGGAAUUUAGAGUCAGAAAGCAUGUACUCACACACUCUAUAGUAUGGUACAAAUCACAUAUGAUAUAAACGAUGCUGAUAAAAUGAAUAUAAAGAUACCCACUAUUUACUCUAAGAAAUGCACAAUACAUACCAGCAAUUAAGCCCUCCAUCUGACCUUCCAUGAUCACAUCUUCUCCUCUCAGCAAUGAUCUCAGAGGUAACAUUUAUCCUGGAUUUUAUGUUUACCAUUCCUUUGCUUUGCUUUUUAUCUCCACCACAUAUGUCUCUAUCACUAUCAACAUACUGUAUAUUUUUGCAUGUUUUUAAACUGUAUGUUAACAGUAGCAUACUGAUUAUAUUCUUGUGCAACUUGCUUCUCUUUGCUCAAAACUGUCUAAUCCAUGUUGAUGUUUGUAGAUGGGGAAUUACUUAUUUUCAAUGUAGUAAUGUUUUAUUAUAUGAAGGCCAUUAUCUGGACUACCAUAUUUUAUUGACCUUUUUACCUUGUUGAUGGAUUUGGGGAAUAUUUCUAAUUUUUGCAAAUUCAAACAUUGUAUAUAAAAAUUCUUAUAUAUGUUUUGUAAUGCACAUAUACAAGAAUUUUGUCAUUGUGUUUUGUUUGUACUUCCCACCCAACCCCACUCCAGCCUUCUUCCUAGUAUAUAUAUAUCUAGGACUGAAAGCACAUCUAGGUGAUGCCAAAUUAUUAUUUUUCCAGAUUGCCUGCACAAACUGACACAACAGCCAUUAUCAAAAAGUUUCUGUUGCUCUCUGUUUUCUCCUGUACUUGACAUUUCAGACUCUUUAAAUAUUUUUCUGCCUGCUGGGUAAAAGGGUGUCACAUUUUUGUUUUCAACUGCAGUCCUCUGAUUAUUGACAUAGAGCAUAUACACAGUGGCACAAACAUACGCACGCACACACACAGUCCUUAUUUUUCCAUUUGUUUUUCUUAUUUUAUGAAAUGAAAUAUAUGUUCAUGUCUUUUAUCCAUUUUUCUAUUUAAUUUUAUUUCUUAAUGAUUGAAGUUUACCACAUAUCACUAAAACUAAUCUUUUUGGAGUACAUGUGUU